AUGAGAUUUCUGAUCGCUUUCGUCGCCAUCCUCGGCUAUGCCUCCGCCGGCGCAAUUGGACCAUUAGUAUAUGGUAUAAACGCUGGUGACGCACAGGCCGCUGCCAUCGACGCCACGGUCGCCGCUCAGGACCACGCCCGUGCCGUUGGUGAAAGCCAAGCCCGUGCUGCUGAAGCCGCCAUCCAAUACAACACUGAAGCUGUCCGUCAAGCUGCUGAGGUCAACCGUAACAUCCACGAGAACUCUUACUGGGGAUCCCUUGCCGCUAACCAAAAUGCCGUCGCUGCCGCCCAGUCCUACGCUGCCGCCGCUAAUGGUGUAGCUGCUGCCGCCCAAGGCGCCUACCUCUCCGCUCCUUACGGUUACAAUGGUUUGGCCGCUCCCUACGGACUCGCCGCUCCCUUAGGAAUCGCCGCCCCCUACGGCAUCCACGGAUUAGGCGCAGGCUGGGCCGGCCGCGUCUGGUAA